AUGGCCAUCAUGACCAUGAUCAUCGUUUACCGUCAUGACCGUAAUCAUAGUGACCAUCAAGACCAUGAUCAUGUUGAUCACCAUGACCAAGAUCACGGUGACCAUCAUGUUCACGAUAAUGUUGACCAUCAUGACCCAGAUCAUGGAGACCAUCAUGAGCGUUACCAUGGUGACAUUUAUGCCCAUGAUCAAAGUGACCACCAUGACCAUGAUCAUGACCAUGAUCAUGUUGAUCACCAUGACCAAAAUCACGGUGACCAUCAUUUCCACGAUAAUGUUGACCAUCAUGACCCACAUCAUGGAGACCAUCAUGCGGGUCAUCAUGGUGACAUUUAUGACCAUGAUCAAGGUGACCACCAUGACCAUGAUCAUUUUGACAUUCAUGACCAUGAUUAUAUUGACCAUCAUGACCACUAUCAUGGUGACCGUCACGUCCCUGAUUUUGUUGACAAUCAUGACCGAACAUCAUGA